UUGAAUUCCUCUCAUAAUAUGGUAUCAGAGCUCGAAUAGAUUUUUUUUUCUAUUCCCGAUCCUUCCCUGUCGAUCGUUCUUCCCACUCUGAACAUCAAUCAGCCUGUUCACCAUGGCAUCUCUCAUCACUCCUGUUCUUCAGCUUCAUGCGAAAACUCAUUUUCCCAUCAAACUGAUCACUACCAAUUUCCCAAUCUGGCAGCGUCAAGCGAUUGUUGGCGCUCUUUUGGGGAGCUGCACCGAUACCAUUCAGCCUCUUAUCUCCAACGUCUCCACCGCUCGUGAUGCAUGGCUUAAUCUCCACUCCAGUUUUGCGAGUGCGAGUCGUGGCCAUGUUCUUGCUCUCAAGUCCAAACUUGGGAAGAAUCCUCGCGGCAAUCGGUCGAUCAAUGAUUAUCUCCACGACAUGCAUUCUAUUGCUAACGAGCUUGCUCUUAAUCAAAGUCCGGUUGCGGAAGAAGAUCUGGUUGCCCAUAUUCUCAAUCAAUUGGGCACGGAGUACGACCCCAUCUCGUCUGCAGCGUUUCUUCGUGGAUCCAAGCUCCCAUUUACUGAACUCGGUGAUGUAUUGCGUGACUUUGAGCGCAAAUUACAAGUUUCAGAUGAGGUGUCUGCUGCAUCUAUUGUUGCUACGGCUCACUCCACGCAGCGCCACUCCUCUACUGGUCCUCGUGGGUCUCAUGGCAAUUUCGGAGGGUCCUCUGGUCAGCGUGGUUUCUCUUCGUCAGGUUCAUCUUCUCAUCACAAUCCUUCGGCCGGAUCAUUUCAGCAGUCCCGUCGCCGUGGUGGGCCAUCUGGUUCCUGCCAAUUCUGUGCUAUUCCCGGACAUGACAUUAAAGUUUGUCGAAAAUUGUCUCGUCUCCUCCGGGAUCAUGGCCUGCAAACCACGUCUGCUUCAGGUUUUGGUGCGUCCCCUCCUGUAGCUCAUGCAACUACGGCUCACUCAGAUGGGCUGGAUGAUGGUUCUUCUCAUCUUCCCCAAUGGUUGCUGGCCCUGUUGACCGAAAAGUUCUUUAACGCCUGCAUAGCCCAUGAAGGUUUCAAGAAGAAUGAAAAGAACGUUUUUUGCUUGGACUGCUCUGAAGCAAUUUGCUCCCAUUGUGUUCAUCCUCCAGCUCACUCCCUCUUGCAGGUGAGAAGGUAUGUGUACCAUGAUGUUAUAAAGCUCACCGACGCAGAGAAAUUGUUUGAUUGCUCUUAUGUUCAAGCGUACACUAACAAUGGUGCGAAAGUGGUGUUCUUGAAGCGACGGCCGUUAACGCGGCCUUGCCGGGCACGCUCCGGCAACCCCUGUCUGAAUUGUGACAGGGUUCUUCAAAUUCCUCAUGUCUUUUGCUCAAUUUCUUGCAAGCUUCAGCAUCUUCUCAGUCGUGGGGUCCAGCUUUCGGAAUUAAUUAGCGUACAUGACGAUGGCGGCGGCGGCGACUCUCCGGCAACUGAAGAAUGGGGCGGGGAAGACGCCGCCGGCCGUAUGACGCCAGUCACCGUUCUGGAGCCGCUAUGCUCUGUCAAGACGGAUUCCGGGUGCAGCGGGAGCGUGGAUUGCCGGACGCCGUGCUGCACCGCGACGACGGAGAUUCUCCCCACCACUCAAAUACUCAAUCACUUCCCGUCUUCCCUUAUCUUCUUCUUCUCCCCAAUUCUUCUCUCCCAACAUCCCCAACACAAAAAAGCUGCCAUCCUCCUCCUUCUUCUUAAAAAAACCCGCCACCCCGCCUGCACCACCGUCGCCGUUUCCCGAUCCUGUCCGCCGCCCCACGACGGUUACUCCCACCGCGCAAUCCGCCGCCGCCUCCUUCGAUUUCCUCGAGCGCCAAUAGAACUUCCGGCAGGCAGACAGGGAGACGCGCUCGCCGGAAACGCCGCGCAGGAGCGCGGGUAGGUGUUCUUCUCGGAAGUCCAGUUCAUCCCCGCGCCGCCGGAUCGACUCCCUGUGGCGCAAAUACAGCGACGUCCUUCCCUUCUCAGAUACAAUUGAUGAAGAAGAUGAUCUCCAUGCAUUACUGUGCACAAGCGUGCGGGUGGGACAGAGUGUGCAAUUGUCUGUCCGCCGGCCUACUCCUGAAACGCAAUUGUCCGGCAUAUAUGACAUGAAGUACUCUAGGCAAGUCACUCGGCAAGUCACUGGGCACGAAGUACUCGCACGUCUCCCGCGCUGCUCUUUCGAUCUAGCUGCGGGAGACGUGGCAGAUAGCUGCGUAGUUUGUUUGGAGCAAGUUUGAACUAGGGGAGGAGCAUCGAGAUUUCAACCGUGCUCCGACUUGUUCCAUGCGCAUUGUCUUUGGGCAAGACAAUGCGCAUGGAAGGAGUGGGAGCACGGUUGGAAUAUCGAUAGCUCCUCACCCGGCUCAAACUGCUCCAAGCAAACUACGCAGCUAUCUGUCACGUCUCCCGCAGCUGGAUCGAAAGGGCGGCGCGGGAGACAUGCGACCAACGAAACACUUUCCAUUCUUUAUUUUGGAGAAAUAAUAAAUUCUGUAUCACAUAGUUCUCUCAAAUGAAUCGGUAUCAUUUAAUGAUAUUGGUAUUAGUCUUAUCUUUGUCUUAUUUUGUGUAUGAACUUGGCCAACCUAAUUAUCCGAUGUAAUUAGGUAUGUUCUAAAGAUUUAUUUUUGGAAGCGAUGGUGUUCGUUUAUAUCAACUCAAGGAACAAAUUCGUAAUACUCAU